AAUACCUAGCUUAUAAUAAAUAGAAUGUAAUCUACCUGUGAUAAGAUUAGAUUUGUUGACAUCUGCUUUUGAAUUAGAUAAAACAUUUCCUAAGAUAGUAUUUCCCAAGUAAGACAGCACUAGGAAUGCAUUCAUAUAUUUGUUAAAAGUCUACUGAAAGUCUAAACAGAAUGUUUCGAAAUAUGUUUAAAAGCCAAUUACCACAAGACCGAUCUCCUGAUAUACCUGAUCUGAAGCCAUUAGAAUGCAGUGUUUUGUAUAAAAGAAGAGCAGAAUCAAGGGAACAUUUAACAGAAGAAAUAGGAGAUUAUGAUGAUUUGAGUGAAUUCUCAGAUCAAACAUUUGAAGUUGCAAACUAUCAGUAUGUCUGUCCAACUCCAGAUGUUGUUAAUCAAACUUUGGAAAGAAAGACAUCCAUAGUAAAAGUGAAGGCAGAAUGGAGCAAUCAACGAUUAAAUGGUGCCAUGUCUUUUGAUAAGAUGAUCUGUUCUCGAUGUUCAGAAGGAUUCGAACCACAUGAAAAGAUAGUCAAUUCCAAUGGUGAACUGUGGCAUCAGCAAUGCUUUGUGUGUGCCCAAUGCUUUCGGCCUUUUAAAGAUGGUGUAUUCUAUGAAUUUGAAAAUAGGAAGUACUGUGAGCAUGAUUUCCAUGUACUUUUCGCCCCAUGUUGUGGAAAAUGUGGAGAAUUUGUUAUUGGACGAGUUAUCAAGGCAAUGAAUGCCAAUUGGCACCCUGAAUGCUUCAGGUGUGAAAUGUGUACAUCAGAAUUGGCUGAUUCUGGUUUUAUUCGAAAUGCAGGCAGGGCCCUUUGCCAUGAAUGUAAUGCUAAAGUUAAAGCUGUUGGAUUGGGGAAAUAUGUUUGUCAUAAAUGCCAUGGAAUAAUUGAUGAUCAGCCACUGAAAUUCAGAGGAGAAGUGUAUCAUCCAUACCAUUUUAAUUGUACAGCUUGUGGGGUUGAAUUGGAUAGUAAUGCCAGAGAAGUGAGGAGUAGACCUGGCUUUGCUGCAAAUGACAUGAACGAACUGUACUGCCUUAGAUGUCAUGACAAAAUGGGAAUUCCUAUAUGUGGUGCAUGCAGGAGACCCAUUGAAGAAAGAGUGGUCACUGCCCUAGGAAAACACUGGCAUGUUGAGCAUUUUGUGUGUGCAAAAUGUGAAAAACCCUUCUUUGGUCAUCGUCAUUACGAGAAGAAAGGUUUAGCUUAUUGUGAAACACAUUACCACCAACUGUUUGGAAACUUAUGCUUUGUCUGCAACCAGGUCAUUGCUGGAGAUGUGUUUACUGCCCUCAAUAAGGCUUGGUGUGUACACCACUUUGCUUGUUCGAUUUGUGACCAGAAGAUGAAUCAGAAGACUAAAUUCUACGAGUGCGACUUGAAGCCGGUCUGCAAGAAGUGCUACGAAAAGUUGCCAACUGAACUUAGGCGUAGACUGAGACGUCAACACGAAGCUACACCCAAGAAAUACCCACCCCCUACCGUUGCUUAAUUGAAUGAUGUAUAAAAUUGCCUUAAUGUUCUCAGAAUGGUGCUAAAAAUAUUAAACUAAAAAGAAUAGAUUAGGGUGAGAAUUUUUGGUAAUUGAUAAGUUCAAACAGGUUCUUAAAAUUUUCAUUCAUAAAAAAACAAGAAAUUUUACUUCAUUGUGGCUUAAUAUUCGUUAAAGAAAAUUCUAAUGCUGUUUUAGGUACAUUAGGAAAUGUAUUAAAACGUUUUGUUAAUU